GCCACCGCGACGGCCACCAUGUCGGCGCCGGCGGCCAAAGUCAGUAAAAAGGAGCUCAACUCCAACCACGACGGGGCCGACGAGACCUCAGAAAAAGAGCAACAAGAAGCAAUUGAACAUAUUGAUGAAGUACAGAACGAAAUAGACAGACUGAAUGAACAAGCCAGCGAGGAAAUUUUGAAAGUAGAACAGAAAUAUAACAAACUCCGCCAACCAUUCUUCCAGAAGAGGUCAGAAUUGAUCGCCAAAAUCCCAAACUUCUGGGUAACAACAUUUGUCAAUCACCCACAAGUAUCUGCACUGCUGGGGGAAGAAGAUGAAGAGGCGCUGCAUUAUUUGACCAGAGUUGAAGUGACAGAGUUUGAAGAUAUCAAAUCAGGUUACAGAAUAGAUUUUUAUUUUGAUGAAAACCCUUACUUUGAAAAUAAAGUUCUCUCCAAAGAGUUUCAUCUUAAUGAGAGUGGAGACCCAUCUUCAAAGUCAACUGAGAUCAAAUGGAAAUCUGGGAAGGAUUUGACAAAACGUUCGAGUCAGACGCAGAACAAAGCCAGCCGAAAGAGACAGCACGAAGAACCAGAAAGUUUUUUCACUUGGUUCACUGACCACUCUGAUGCGGGCGCAGAUGAGUUAGGAGAAGUCAUCAAAGACGACAUCUGGCCAAAUCCUUUACAAUAUUACUUGGUUCCUGACAUGGAUGAUGAAGAAGGGGAAGGGGAAGAAGAUGACGACGACGACGAAGAGGAGGAGGGUUUGGAGGACAUAGAUGAAGAAGGCGAUGAAGAUGAAGGCGAAGAAGAUGAAGAUGAUGAUGAGGGAGAAGAGGGAGAGGAGGAUGAAGGAGAAGAUGACUAAUAGAAGAACACUGAUGGAUUCCAGCCCCCCUUUUCCUUUUUAAUUUUCUCCAGUCCCUGGGAGCAAGUUGCUGUCUUUUUGUUUUUUGUUUUUUUUUUUUUCCUCUUGUGCUCAGUCACCUUGUUCUCUUGAGGUGUCUUUUUCUCUCCUCUUUACACCAUGGUUCACAACUUUUUUUUUUUUGGGCGGGGGGGAUACGUUGAGCAGAAUACAAUGGAUAAAGAUUCUACCAAUUUUUCUGUUCCAAGUUCAUUUUUACCCCUUCCUCUCUCAAAGCAAAAACUGUUUAUGGAAUCAACACACCGUGUUCUGUGGGAAAAAAGAAAACCUUCCGCUCCCUUCACUCUGCUGGAAGCUGAAGAGUGCUAGGCCCCUGUGUAGUAGUGCAUAGAAUUCUAGCUUUUUUCCUUCUUUCUCUGUAUAUUGGGCUCAGAGAUUACACUGUGUCUCUAUGUGAAUAUGGACAGUUAGCAUUUACCAACAUGUACCUGUCUACUUUCUCUUGUUUAAAAAAAGAAAAAAAAAACCUAAAAAAAUGGGGAUAAUAGAAGGUCAGCAAGGGUGGGUUUGAGAUGUUUGGGUGGGUUAAGUGGGCAUUUUGACAACAUGGCUUCUUCUCCUUUGGCAUGUUUAAUUGUGAUGUUUAACAGACAUCCUUGCAGUUUAAAAUGACACUUUUAAAAUAAAAUUCUCUCCUAAUAAUGACUUUGAGCCCUGCCACUCGAUGGAGAAUCAGCAGAACUUGUAGGAUCUUAUUUGGAAUUGCCAUUCUCUAUUGUAAUUUUGUUCUUGUUUAUUUUUAAAUUUUCUUUUUUGUUUCACUGGAAAGGAAAGAAAGAUGCUCAGUUUUAAACGUUAAAGUGUACAAGUUGCUUUGUUACAAUAAAACUAAAUGUGUACACAAAGGAUUUGAUGGUCUUCUCUCAGAACAGGGUAUGCUUCAGACCCGAUUGUUUCCAACCUUGUCCAAACCACGAUGUCACUGAAUCUGGCACAUUUUUGUGUUUUGUCGAUAUAUAUAUAUAUAUAAAAAUAUAUAUAUUUUGUGUGUGUGUGUGAUAUGCACUUUGCAAGACGACCUCAGGGCUGUAUGGACUGAUCUGAUCGAAUCGAAGAGUCUGGAGUCAGUGUGCCAAUCAGUGUUCCCGUAGCUAGGAAAGUCUCUCUAACUUGACGUGGGUAGAAAUUGGCCGUGAAUCCCGCUACCCAGAACACUCGCUGUCAAGGCCGGCCAAGCAGUCAAAAAGGAGUUGGUGUGUUGUGCACACUGGACUUUUUAAAAUUGACUUGCCUGGCUGCUUCGACACCUACGUCGGUUGUGAUUCCGUUUUUUAACACAUGCAGUUGAUACAAAAAAAAAAAAUAAAAAUAAACGUCGCUGUUUGUGCCUGUCACCACCAGACUCGGGUGCACUAAUAAUCCAGUUUGCAACCAGGACAGAUGCUUGAACGUCUCCAAUAGCCGUUAGCUCUGUUAACGAAGAGAGUCCAAUAGAAGGAGCCAAAACAAUUCUCUGGGUGCUGGCGGUGAGGAACUCAGGUUAGGAGUCCUUUUUUUAUCUUCACGUACCACCUGCCAAGCCAAAGGCUCCCCAGACUUGACUCUGACUACACAAAUCCGAUGAGAUGGACUGUGCUUUUCGUUCGCUCGAUGGCAGCGGUGCAUAUAAACGUCAUUUAAGGAAGUCGCUACCUUAUGUUUAGGCUUUUAACAAUGCCGUGAAGCUUAGUUUCAAGCCACUUCACAUUUUCCAAGACGUGGUUUUCGAUGAAGGCCGGCCUGUUCAAAUGCAAAAGCUUUUCGAUGUAUUAAAAACUUGAUAUACAGAACUAUUCCAUCAAGAGGCAAAGUGUAACACAACCUGUUUAGAUGGAUAGAAUGUACCUUCUCUGCACAGGUCUUCGUGUUUAGUAAUACAUCACUGUAUACUGGUCAGGAAUCUUGCUCCAAUAAAGGAACAUAAAGAUU